GCGGGGACGCGGGGACGGAGACGCGGGGACGGGACGCAGCCGCUCCCCCCGCACCGGCGCGUCCGGCCCGAGCGCGCGUCCUCCGGGGCUGCGGGCGGGGCGCCAGGAUCGAUCUCCUGAAGUUUAACUUUUCAAGAUGAAGUUUGUAUUGGUGGUGGCCUUUUUUAUUUUAAUUUCCUUGUGUGUUGAAGAAGCCUGUUCUAAAGAGAAGUCGUCAAAGAAAGGGAAGGGGAAAAAGAAGCAGUACCUAUGCCCAUCGCAGCAGUCAGCCGAGGACCUUGCCCGAGUACCGGCCAACUCCACCAGCAACAUCCUGAACAGGCUAUUGGUCAGUUACGAUCCCAGGAUUAGACCAAAUUUCAAAGGCAUUCCUGUUGAUGUAGUUGUAAACAUUUUUAUCAACAGUUUUGGAUCCAUUCAAGAGACAACAAUGGAUUAUAGAGUCAACAUCUUCCUGAGACAGAAGUGGAACGACCCCAGACUGAAGCUGCCUAGUGAUUUCCGGGGCUCGGAUGCCCUGACGGUGGACCCCACGAUGUACAAGUGUCUGUGGAAACCUGAUUUAUUUUUUGCAAAUGAAAAAAGUGCCAAUUUUCAUGAUGUAACCCAGGAAAAUAUCCUCCUCUUUAUUUUUCGGGAUGGAGAUGUCCUCGUCAGCAUGAGGCUAUCUAUUACUCUUUCGUGCCCUUUGGACUUGACCUUGUUUCCCAUGGAUACACAGCGUUGCAAGAUGCAACUUGAGAGCUUUGGUUACACAACUGAUGACUUACGAUUUAUCUGGCAGUCAGGGGAUCCUGUUCAAUUAGAAAAAAUUGCCUUGCCUCAAUUUGAUAUUAAAAAGGAAGAUAUUGAAUAUGGUAACUGUACAAAAUACUAUAAAGGCACUGGGUACUACACGUGCGUGGAGGUCAUCUUCACCCUGAGGAGGCAGGUGGGCUUCUACAUGAUGGGCGUCUACGCCCCAACCCUGCUCAUUGUGGUUCUGUCCUGGCUUUCCUUCUGGAUCAACCCCGAUGCCAGUGCUGCCAGAGUGCCCCUGGGAAUCUUCUCAGUGCUCAGCUUGGCCUCUGAGUGCACAACCCUGGCUGCGGAACUUCCCAAGGUGUCCUACGUGAAGGCUUUGGACGUGUGGCUCAUCGCGUGUCUCCUCUUCGGCUUCGCGUCCCUGGUGGAGUACGCGGUCGUCCAGGUGAUGCUCAAUAACCCCAAGAGAGUUGAAGCAGAAAAAGCCAGAAUUGCCAAGGCUGAGCAAGCAGACGGGAAGGGCGGGAGUGCGGCUAAGAAGAACACCGUGAAUGGCACGGGCACACCUGUUCACAUCAGCACCUUGCAGGUUGGAGAGACCAGAUGCAAAAAGGUUUGUACAUCCAAGUCUGAUCUGAGAUCUAACGACUUCAGCAUCGUGGGAAGCUUACCAAGAGAUUUUGAAUUGUCCAAUUAUGACUGCUAUGGAAAACCCAUUGAGGUCAACAACGGACUUGGGAAAUCCCAGGCCAAGAGCAACAAGAAGCCGCCUCCUGCCAAACCCGUUAUUCCGACGGCAGCGAAGAGGAUCGAUCUUUACGCAAGAGCGUUGUUUCCUUUCUGCUUCUUAUUCUUCAACGUUAUCUACUGGUCUAUAUAUUUAUGAUAAACCUUUUCCAUUCAUAUAAAGUCAAGUCCCAUUGCAUUGUGAACAACCUCGUUCAUUAAUGCCAACCUGUGAACAUUCUUUGCAUUUUCAUAGCAAUAUAUUGCAUUUUGGAUGCCAUUGGAGUGUAAUACAAAUAUGGCGCCUCCAUCAUGGGGAAUGGCAGCAUGAUCUUGUUACGUCUGUGCUCUAAUCAUGAUGAUGUAUUUAUGUAAAGCAAACAUAAUUGCUUCAGGACUAAAUGAAGGAUAAGCAUACUACAUAAAAUAGAAUCUGAACAUUUCUCUCCAGUUAGUGUAAAUUGCAAAUAUGCCGAUAAUUCUGAUAAUAAAAUGGGGUGCACUCUGAACCCUGUUAUGUCAUCAUUGCAAUGUAUGUAGUGUUUCAAAUCCCUUUCCUUGUAACUUUCAGAGAAAGCCAUCUUAUUCUUGUACAAUUUUAGAUGGUAUUAUCAUAGAUAA